AUGAUGGAAGCGAGGCUUAGUGAAAUCGACCCGAACAAACUCUCUGGCGUGGAACUCCAAUUUGAGAUUUCGAAGUAUACCAGAUUAAAACAGACGCUGGCAUCCAGACUACCUGAUGGGGGAGCUCGACUAGACAAGUACUUAACCAGAUUGCAUGAUGCUUUGAACGAAAAAACACAGACGACUAACUUACACUUCUGUUCCAAAACGGCGCCUCGAAGCGACCCUUUUUCGUCCAAAUCGACACUGAAAAAGUGCGAUCCGGUCGUUGACUCCACAGAAUCACCAGACGUCUUAGACGCAGAUUCGACUGAGCUACAUGAGUCUCAGAUUUCAGACGUUGAUGCGUUAUCAAAGCGAAUGAGUUCCUUGGAUAUUCAAUCCGGACGGGAUUCACAUCCAUGGCCACAACUCUGUUCACCGACGGAGGCGUUGCGUGAUCUGUGGCACUUUGUGGUUUCUUCCAAUCGCACAACCAAACGGCCCCCUUCCCAGCUCCCUGUCCCUUGUCUCAUCAGCUGUUCGCAGACAACUCCAGAUCAGUUGGUUUACUUAAGUCGUCUGCUCCGGACAACGCGACACUCUAGUUUGGCACGAUCUUCAAUGCCUCGUGACUGCCGCUUCUUGGACUUGAGUGCACUUUUUCAACGGGACACUUCAGGUUGCGCAUUUGAAGAGGCUGAACUGGAUUUCAAGACCAAACUGGUUGAUGAGUGUCGCUCUGUAUCCCAACAGCUUUUCAUCUCAUCAGAACAGGGCGCACCAAAGCUGAAACCGCGAAACUAUUCGACAAUACAGGAAUUCUUACGGGUCGGAAAGGUUCACAGUUUGCCAUGGAUGGAGGCUCCCCUGGAGUUGCACAUUUUGCGUCAACUAAAAACUUCCUGUUCCUUGAUAAAUGAGAAAACGGAAAUGGAACUCUGUCGUCCCACUCUUGAAGCCGUCCCGGAUUCCAUACUGCGCCGACUGGCCUCUGUGGGCUUGGGUCGCACUCGGCUCACUCGACUCGCUGGCCUCUAUGGUUGGCAAGGAUUCAGUGGUCUACUGAGUUUCGAACUAGCCAGCAACACAGAGUCACGUGAUGAGACGGUCCAACCGUUUGUGACCAAUAGUCUAGAUGUUCUCCAAAUCCUUUAUCGAUUCUUCAGGCAUGUGUAUGAUCGUCAUCUUCGCUUACAUAUGGGUGAAGACAAAAUUCACUUCAAGCGGAACACAGUGGGAUCCGAACCGUUUGACUACUCUGCUAUGACGUCAGAAACCAAGACAUACGGACAAGGCAAGUUGUUGGCUUGGACAGCUGGUGGUAACACGAUGUUGGAUCCUGCUGGGGACCGGCACUCACAGUGUUUGGACAUGGACCGGUCAAUCGAGUUGAUGCGAAAGGUUCAAAGACAAUUUCAGGUCUCCGACCUCAAUCUGUUGCUGUUGGCCAACCGUGUUGUCCCUGAACUCGUGCCAGCCAUUGCCGUCAACCCCACUCUUUGCUCUCUUCUCUUUGAGAAGAACUGUGACACAAGCAAAAAACGACCAGAAAUCCCAUUUAUCGUUUAA